AUUUUUUUAAGAACUAAUGAUAUAGCUUUAUGGCUUUAUAUAAGUAUAAACGAAGUAAAUUUGAAAAAACGCAAUUAAAAACUCAACGAAACUCUGGUUAAUAAUUUUAUUAUAAUUAUUUUCAUAUUAAAGUAUGGUAAUUACAAUUUACUAUUAAUUUUUUAUAUUAAACUAUAAUGAUGUUUGCACUGUCGUGCUAUAGGAAGCUUAUUUUAUACAUUGGUGUUAUAUAAAAACAUUCUAUUAUCUUGUCAAAACAUAAAGUUUAGUUCUAGAGAUUAAAGCGUAAAAUUCUUUGUUUAUUAAAUAUAUUGAAUAAAAAUUUAUUUACAUAAUGAAUAUAUAAACUGAACAAUGGCAGAUGCUCUAAAUUUUGUUAUUAAUAAACAACCGUAUAAAAUAAUUGAGGUACCUUUAGCAAAGUUUACAGAAGAUGUUAUACCUCAUCAUCAAAAUGUGUACCAACAAUAUAAAUCAUCUAUAAAAAAGUUAUUGGCUUUAAAUAAUUACGAACAGCUAGAAAAAGAAAUAAAAGAGAAAAAAAGAAAUGUGAAACAAUUAAGAAACUUAAUGUAUGAGUUAGAUACAUUAAGGACCCAAGUGGAAGAUGAAGAUCUAGAUAAAUUUGAUAUGGAAACAUUAUCAUUGAGAAAAAUAAUUUUAAAUUUGAUUACUGGUUAUACAGAAUUAGAAAAAACCGUUAAUCAAGUUAUCGAAAGACAAAACGUAGAAUUAGAAAAAGAAAACUUAGAACCCUUAGAAGGAACUUCCCAAAUUCAAAUGCAACAAACAAUAGAAGAAAUUAAAUUGCAACAAAGGGAAGAACAACUGAAUAAAGUUGAAAAUAUUCAUAAAGACGUUCAAGAUUUAAAUGAUAUCUACAAAAAUCUGAAUGAAAUGGUAGUAAAUCAGGCGGAUUUAGUGGACCAAAUAUCAAACGAUGUAGAUAAUACACAGCAGAAUGUUAUUGAAGGAACAAGGACUUUGGCAAAAGCUCAUAAAUUAAAAGCUGUAGCGUAUCCAGUUACAGGGGCUUUUUUAGGUGGCAUGAUUGGUGGCCCCAUUGGUCUCGUAGCGGGUCUAAAGGUAGGAGGAGCGGCGGCGGUAGCUUGCGCAAUAGCUGGCUACACUGGUGGUAGAUGGUUCAAAAAGAAACAUUUGGAUCAAGAAUGUCCAGGAAUUGAACAAGGGUCGAGUCAGGAUGAGGAUGUGGGGAAAAAAGAUAUGUGACAGUGUCUUUUGUGUUGAUAGACGUUUAUUUAUUACUGAGAUUGGGUUUUAUUUUUAUAUAACAACAAUUUUUCAUCAAAUAUAAUUAUUGUGUCGUU